GUAGUUUACAGUUCAAUUUACUGUUUUCAUUAUGCAAAAUAUUAUUAUGUAAAUUCUAAAUAACAGAUGGGAACCCCAGCGUCCAUUGUUGAUUGUUGUUGGUAAAAAUGAAUGUCGAUAGUAUGGCUGUAAAUAUCCUCAAGCGAGGCGUAGAAUUCGAUACGAAAAAACGUUAUACGGAGGCUCUAGUAUGUUACCAAGAAGGCUUACAAAUUUUAAUAGACAGAAUGAAAGAAGAAUGCGACGAUGAUGUAAAGAAAUAUUUAAAAGAAAGAGUAGAAGACUAUAUGGGUAGAGCUGAAAAUAUUAAAAAGUUGAUUGCAAAGCAGAAAGAAAGUGGUAAAUUUCAUGAACAAGUUCAAAUUAAAAAUAAUUCGACUGGUCAUAGUUAUAAAACACUUUUUGGUAGAUUUCUUGAUAAAGAUGUUCAAUAUGUUAUAGUGGAAGAUCCAUACAUAAGAAAUUUUCAUCAGUGUCAAAAUUUCUUAAGACUCUGUGAGCUACUUGUAACAUCUUGCAGUGAUUUAAAAAAAAUAGAACUUGUUACAACAAAAGACAACAAAUCAGCGGAUGUACAGAUGAAAUAUUUUAAAGAAUUAAGAAACAAUUUAAUGAAAUAUAAUAUACAAUUUUUUGCAAAGUAUUCAGAUACUUUGCAUGACAGACAGAUUGUAUUAGAUUCUGGCUGGAUAAUAAAAAUUGGCAGGGGUUUAGAUAUUUUUAAACCGCUCGAGAAUAAAUUUUGUUUAGGCGUCUACGAUUUGGAUUUGAGACAAUGUCAUGAAACUACUGUAGAUAUCAUGCAUUCGAAGCAUGUGAAACAAUCAUCUUGAUGUUUGUAGAUUUAUGAUUAAUUUAAGGUUAAAUGUUUACUAAAUAUAUUUUUAAUAUAA